CAGCUCGUUACGAAAGCAGCUGCCUGCUGCCAGGCAGUGAGAGCUUGUUUGUGAGAGAUCAGCAAGAGCAGGGCUGCUGCAUGGGGGUGGAUGAGCUCAGCAAAGUCAGCCACAGCCUCAGGGCACCUGGGCAGGGCAGUGGCAGCAAUGGGACGUGUCAGUAGUCAAGCCGUCAUCAGGUGACAGCCAGCCGGAGAAGCUGCCACUGCCUUUCCCUGGGAGGACCGGCCGGGGCUCCCCGCCGAUGCGAGGCGGCGCUCCCCGGGAAGGCGGCGCUCCUCCCGCGGCAGGAGGGGCAGGAGCAGCGGGAGCAGCAUGGUGGUGCCGCCGCUGCUGCGCGCCGUCAUCAUGGGGCCGCCGGGCUCCGGGAAAGGCACCGUCUCCGCUCGGAUUAUCAAGCACUUCGGCAUGAAGCACCUCUCCAGCGGCGACCUGCUGAGGGACAACAUGCAGAAGAAGACAGAAGUUGGAAUCCUUGCCAAGUCCUACAUUGAUCAAGGGCAGCUUAUUCCAGAUGACAUCAUGACACAACUAAUGCUGAAUGAGCUAAAAGGUCUAGACCGGUACAACUGGUUAUUGGAUGGUUUCCCCAGAACAGUUGCUCAGGCAGAAGCCCUUGACAAAGAAUGUCACAUAGAUACUGUGAUUGACCUAGAUGUGCCAUUUGAGACCAUAAAGUGUCGGCUCACAGCACGCUGGAUCCACCCUGCCAGUGGCAGAGUCUACAAUCUUGAAUUCAGUCCUCCCAAAGUGCAGACUGUUUUACCGGAAAGUCAAGAACUUACAUUCAAGAUAAGAACACAGGGCAUUGAUGACGUUACUGGGGAGCCACUUGUUCAGCGCGAUGAUGACAAGCCAGAGACUGUCAGCAAGAGGCUGCAGGCUUAUGAUGCACAAACAAAACCUGUUCUAGAAUAUUAUCGGAAAAAAGGGUUAUUGAAAUCCUUUUCUGGAACAGAAACCAAUAAGAUCUGGCCACAUAUCUAUGCUUUCCUUCAAACCAGGUUGCCAGAUGUGAGCCAGAAAGAUGCUGCCAUUCCCAGGUGAAAAUAGGUCAAACUUCUGCUCACCUGUCAUAGCUCACUACUGAUUACAUGAGACUCAGCAAUCAAGAAUUUGCCCACGUAGUUACCAGACUCAUCAAUAAUUAAAGUCCAAUGUUGUCCUUAACUUACAUUAUGGUAAAAUUUUGUUGCCUGUGGUUAUCACUUUAAUGCUGUAUUUUUUUAUAUUAAAUAUACCUAAUUUUAAAAAUACAAUAACUGUCUUUAACAAAACCAGGUACUCUUGUGUCUCUUAUUUGGAAAAUACAUUUGCAAAUACUGACUGGUGAAGGAAACACAUUUCAGAAUACAGCUUAAUUAGAAAGCACAUAGACUAUUUCCUCAGUCAGUAAAUUAAGCAAUGAUAAGGACAUGAAAGCACAUUUCUUGAACAUGUGCCUAAGCUGGAGCUAGCCAGAAGCUGUGAAGAACCAUGACCACUGGUCUGCAAAAAGCCAUUUCAGACCACAGCUGGUGUGUAUGGAAAUUGACCUUAUGGAAGAGUUAGCUUCUUAUAUGUUUGCUUGCACAGAUGUGAGUUGAUUUUGCUCACCUUAAAUUACACUUAGUACCAGGGAAAAUUACCUAAACAAGUAUGUUUAUACUUUGCCCUCAGAGCAACUAUCUUGCAGGCAUGGAAACAGAGUUUCAAUGAUGUGUAACAUGUUUGGUAAAGCCUCUGUCUUUGUGUGACCCUGUAAGACUUUAUCAGGAAAAAGACAGCAGAUAACAGAUUAAGUGUAAUCUAGUAAACCUGUAGCUAGAUGAUCUUGACCAGCGAAUGUGUCUUCUCUACUAUCUUUGAAAACAAGUGCUCACUGAUGCCAGUGCCAGGACUUCCAGUGGUCAAAAUAUUAACAUUGGCAUAUUCCUGUAGCAAUUUUUAUUGUAGCAAUUGGACUGUUUUUCAUGAGAUUCUUGUCUUUGACCAGCUCUUGUGUUUAUUCAUUAGAUAACUGGAAAGACAAACUUCCACAGUCCACACUUUUUAACAGCCCAGGUACUGCAGCCAUUGCUAUUUUUCAGUGAAUUCACCCAGCCUUUUUUUAAUGUUCAUCAGAUUGGGAAUUUUAAGAGUCAGCAAAACCUGAGGAACAAACAACUACGUCUAGGUAAUGUCUGAAGUAGCUGUGUCCUAGUAAUGCAGAUUUCAAUCUUCUUUAGCAGUGACUGUCAACAGCUACAGAGCUGGGGUGUUGACAUACCUUGGACUGCAUGUGCACACCCAGUUUUAGCAUUAUGAAUACUGAGACACAUUUGAGUCUAAAAAAGAGAUGGUCUCUGUAGAAUUUACUGUAAAGUUUUCCCAUUGCUAUAAAUGAACAAUAUGAGCAGCAGCUAUCACUACAGCCGGUCUUCCUUUCAUCUAAAGAAACCUUGCCAAGAAGGCUGGCCACUUCUACUGUCCUCUUGAGGAAAUGUUUAUAUAUUACAGUGAGAAACCCUGACUUGCUGCUUGUAUUUUUGCAUUUUGAUUUCAAUAAAAAACAGUGAAAUUUU